GCCGCGUCUCAUUAACACCCGCGUCCACACCGCAGAUAUGAGCUCACCGAGGAAAGACUGAAGAGGAAGUCAGACAGAUGUAUCCUGAGAGUUCCCAGUGACCUGCAGAGGGCGCCAUCCCCUCUGUUUUUAGCAGAUGUGGCUGUAGCAGACAGCGAGGACUGGAGAAAAGGCUAUGUGACCCCCAGUCAAGAAUCAGAAAAAACUUCCUUGGCACAUCACCCCCGUCUCUCCCCGCGCUCUCCGGCGCAUGUCUCCUGCAAGAGCUGCUAUCCUGUCAGUGCCUUUGAGGAUUUCAGCAGAGUUCAGAUUCUCCCGGGGGUGGGGCUAGUUCUAUUAAUCAGGUAUGAGUGGAUGUCCGCCUACUGAAGUUUGAGAUGUUCAUUUACACAUACGGGUAAGACGUAUCCCCCUCACUAAUGUUCAUUUAGCACCAUAGCUUAUUUUAUCAAAUGGCGAUAAACUAUUGAGUGUUGCCAAACCAUAGACUGUUUAUAUGCAUGGACAAUGUGCCAAACAAAAAAUCCGUCCAUAUAGUCGCCGCAUUGUUUUAUUAGCCGCAGGGUUCAAAGUGUGAGAAAAAAGUAGCGACUUAUAGUCCGGAAUUUAUGGUAUAUUUAUAUUUUUAGUUUAGUUGCACUAUAUGGUUAACCGGUGUCAACUGUAUGCAGCCCUAUUGACAAUUCCAAUUCAGUUCAACUCAAUCUUUUUUAAGAACACAUAAUAUCUGGUUCAUGGUAAGUAGUCCAAGUACUUCGGUCUUUGUUACUUCUAGAAAACCAGCAAAAAUGUAAAUCGAUAUCAUUGCACAUAUUUACGGUAGUCAAGAAUACUUUUUACUCAUUGGUGGAACACAUGACUCAAAGAGAAUAGUGAUCAUUUGUCCAGCACGUUCAUUUGUUUCACUCUAUUCUCAUGAGCGCUCCCUCUCUGUAUUAAACAAGACUUUGCCCUUAUACUUAUUACAGACUGGUGUUGUGCAGACAAGUAUCAUUCAACCAGAGACCCACUCAUAUCGAUUCUGGCCGGGCUUCUGUGUUAACAUGAAAAAGUGAAAUUGACAUAUUCCCAAAGAGUCUAGCAGUCCUUUAACCUCGUCUCCUCCACUGGACCAUGUGUACACUCAUGUGCUGCCAAACACUACACACGGCUCCAGUCAAAGGCCGGAGAAGAUGUGUGCUCACUUUAAAUAAAAUAUGCCAGGCGUAGACACUUCUAACUUGAUUCAAUUCAUUUCAAUACCAUGUUAUGAAUCCCUGAAGAGAGAUUCAAGUGCGAGGGCCUCUUCAGCUCCUCACAUUCAUUGAUUGGGACGUGAUUGUGAGCGUUGCUAUAUGGAGUUCUUACAGGUUCAGUUCUAUCCCACAAGUGUCAGAUAGGGAUGUAACCAAAAAACAAAUUAUCGUGAUAUCGUUUCGUCAAAGUUCUCACAAGAAUAGCGUGUUAGAAAUCUCUUAAAUUAAUAGUUAGGGGCAGGACGAGACUCAGUUUUCACAAGAUGAGACAUACCACAAGAUUGGAUCCAUGACAAGAUGAGAUUUUGACAUAAUUUUUAAUAAAUAAGCAGUACAAUCCAUUUCAGAAUUUUGGCUUCUCUGUUUUUAUUUAUUUUUUGUAAUACUUUUGUGGUCAUUGUAGUCCUGCGUUUUGGAACUACAGCUUCUCAAAUUGUGUAACUCAUCAGCUCUUAACUCUUUUUCAUCCAAGCCAAAUGUAAAUCCAUGGGGAAAAAAAUCUCACAAGAUCAUUUUUCUCGUGUGCAUAAUCGUGGCAAUUCUGUCUCUGCAAGAUCUUGUGGCACGAGAUCUUGUCCAAUCCCUAUGGUGCAGCAUAACUAGAAAACACAGGGAACUACAUAGACCAUGAUCCUUUUUCAGUGUAGACUACAUGCAGAUAGAACUGUUUGGAUUGUCAUUUUAAGAUGAAAAAGCAGCAUAUUCACAGUUCUGAAUAUGGAAUACUGGUAUGGAUAUUGGAGCUGAUAAUGAAAACAAUUUCUAAAUCAGAUAUUGGCUGAUGUAUUAAGACUAUUUACUGGUCAUAGUGGGCUCAGAAAAUCUCACAAUAUUUGAACUUUUAUUUACACAAAGCUGUUGUGUAGUUACUUGAGGUGAGGUGUGAAUACCAUCUAAAUAAUACAUUUCAAUCAGUUUAGUUUUAGUUUUAAAGGGAAUAAAUGCUGUUCUCAGUCUCUGCACUGGUAUUGGUUGAUAUCAGUUACUGACAGAUACUUAAAGCUAUAAUAUUGGAAUUGCUGUCAGAACUGAAAAGGCUGGAUCAGUGCAUCUCUAGUGUUCAGGUGGGUUCUUAUAACUAUUUGUGUGUUUCACAGUGAUGAAAAGUUGGUGGUGGUUAAAAUGGUCUUCAAAAUGUCAGUGUUGAUGGUGAGCAGCAACAGCCUUAUGAAGGGCAAGUGUGGGUCGUCCUGGGCCUUCAACGCUGCUGGGGCUCUGGAGGGACUGUUAGCCAAAACCACAGGGAAGCUGGUGGACCUCAGCCCUCAGAACCUAGUGGACUGUUCUGGGAAAUACAGAAAUCAUGAACGUAAUGAAGGCUUCAUGAGUGCCGCCUUUCAGUACGUCGUCGACAACCAGGGAAUCGACUCUGAGAAGUCAUACCCCUACAACACCAAGAUCUGACCUGGAUCUUGGCCUUGUUGUGGCGUGCUGCUUGUUUCCAAGGAGACAAAAAUUCUGUGCAUUCCAGGCAAUUCCAGUAAUAACAUGUUCAUGGAAACAAGCAAAUGACAGAUCCUCCACUAUAAAUGUUGCACAGUGCACCUUUAAAUACUGGCAAAUAAAGUGUUGUGCUGAUAACAGGACAUUCUUUGGAAAUCA